AUGGUGACUCUAGCAGAACACGAGAGGGUUCUAUAUGUAGGAGCUAGAGAGGUCCUAUUCGCCCUGGACCCUAACGACAUCAGCAGACAACUACGACCUCUGGUAACUACACACAGACAGACAGACACACACACACACACCUCAGCACAGCAGACACCAACCACAGCUACAACCUCAACCCCAUAGACAUGCUACACGAGUGCAGUUAGUUUCUUGUGCAACAUUCCUUAACUAUGUUGAAUGGAAUUAAAAUAUUCUGAUUCUGAUGCCAUUUGUUCAGUGGUGGAGGGGUAACAAAGUGAUUACAUGAUUAUCUAUAUGAAUGUUAAUCAAUGUAAUUAUUCCAUAAAAAGCUUAGUACAAUGAAGGCUUGGUAAAACUUGUUAACAUGCCUCUGUACCUCACAUUUUAUAUCCACUCAGACAUGUGCGUCUUUGAACAGCAGUAUAGCGAUUGUUAUCUGAUUUAACUUUAUAAUGAGCAUUCAUUGGAUUGUUGUGUGAUUGAUUAUGAACAUCCAACAGUUCUGUGUUGUGAGCAUCCCAGUAAUAAGCAGCCCACCUGUUUGCUGCUGUUCUGGUGAGGUUUAGAGGGACGAUAGGGCCACUGGAUGCCAACUGCCUCAUUAUGUCCCACCUCUGCACCUAUCUCACCAUCUGCUGUGUUAUCCUCUCAUCUCUCUCUCUUCCCCACCAUCUCUCUCUCUCCCACCAUCUCUCUCUCUGAUCCAUCUCUCUCUCUCUCUCUCUCUCUCUCUCUCUCUCUCUGAUCCAUCUCUCUCUGAUCCAUCUCUCUCUCUCUGAUCCAUCUCUCUCUCUCUCUCUCUCUCUCUGAUCCAUCUCUCUCUCUCUCUCUGAUCCAUCUCUCUCUCUGAUCCACCUCUCUCUCUCUGAUCCAUCUCUCUCUCUCUCUGAUCCAUCUCUCUCUCUCUGAUCCAUCUCUCUCUCUCUGAUCCAUCUCUCUCUCGCUCUGAUCCAUAUCUCUCUGAUCCAUCUCUCUCUCUCUCUCUCUGAUCCAUCUCUCUCUCUCCCCCACCAUCUCUCUCUCCCACCAUCUCUCUCUCUCCCCCACUAUCUGUUACUGUCUCUCUUCCACUCAUCCCUCUAUCGCUCCCUCUCUUAAUCGUUCUCCCUCAGAUUGAGUGGCCAGCACCACAGGAGAAUAAGAGAGCGUGUUCUGCCAAGGGCAAGAACAACCAGGUACGGAUCCUUCAAGUUUCUGUUUACAUUUGAGUACCUUAUUAGAUUGAGUCGAUGAUUAUUGCUAUGAAUGGUAGAAUAUUAUGCUUCAGUCUUAGUCUCCUCUCCCCCUCCCACAGACGGAGUGCUUCAACUACAUCCGCUUCCUGCAGAGCUACAACCACACCCACCUCUACACCUGUGGAACAUACGCCUUCCAGCCCAAGUGCACCUACAUCGUGAGUGGCUCUCAAUGGCCGAGUCCCAAAUGACAACCUAUUCCCUUCUUAGUGCACUUAGAAGGGAAUAGGGUGCCAUUUGGUACCAACAAGGUCUCAAUCACAUCCUGGCCGUAAAUCUGUGUCUUCAUCCCACUCUGUCUGGAGGAGAUAUUGCAGUUGAGCUGUCCUUGUGGUGGUUUCACAGCUAGCAGCACCAGUGACAUGGUGUCAUGUCUUGUAUCUUCUAUCUGACGCAUCCACACCACAUCCUCCCCAUACGGCUGAAUCCUCUGUGUCAAAGGAAAGAAUUUCCAAUGCAAACGAGGCCGUGGUAUCUGGCUCUACGUGUGUGUGUGUGUGUGUGUGUGUGUGUGUGUGUGUGUGUGUGUGUGUGUGUGUGUGUGUGUGUGUGUGUGUGUGUGUGUGUGUGUGUGUGUGUGUGUGUGCCUGACGGUGAUAUGAUAAGACAGUGUGGCGGAGGCAGGGAGCAAGGACUGUGGCUCCUGUUAGAACUGUUGUCACGGACAGACAGAGCCUGGAGCUGUGUUAGUCAUACACUGACCACUGACCACCUGUGUCUCUGUGUGUGUGUCUGUGUCUGUGUGUCUGUGUGUGUGUCCUGUUGUCAACCCACAGAAUGCAGACCACUUCAGUCUCAACCCUGGCUCCCUGGAGGAUGGGAAGGGCAAGUGUCCCUACGACCCUGCCAAAGGCCACACAGGCCUCAUAGUGGGUAAGUCAUGUAUUCUACUCCAUUCUACUCUACUCUAUUUUAUUCUAUGUGUAAAUGUUCUGUAAUGGUGCUCAUUCUGCCUGACUCUGUGUCUCCCAGACAAGGAGCUGUACUCAGCCACACUGAACAACUUCCUGGGUACUGAGCCUGUGAUCCUGAGGAACCUAGGACAGCAACACUACAGCAUGAAGAGUGAAUACCUGCCGGCCUGGCUCAACGGUGAGAGAGAGAGAGGAGAGGAGAGAGAGAGAGAGAGAGAGAGAGAGAGAGAGAGAGAGAGAGAGAGGAAAAUAGAGGAGGAAUAGGGAGGACAGAUGGAGAAAGAGAGAGAGAAAAGAUAGAGAAAGAGAGGGAAGAGGUACAGUGAGGGGGAAAAAGUAUUUGAUCCCCUGCUGAUUUUGUACGUUUGCCCACUGACAAAGAAAUUAUCAGUCUAUAAUUUUAAUGGUAGGUUUAUUUGAACAGUGAGAGACAGAAUAACAACAAAAAAAUCCAGAAAAACCCAUGUCAAAAAUGUUAUAAAUUGAUUUGCAUUUUAAUGAGGGAAAUAAGUAUUUGACCCCCUCUCAAUCAGAAAUAUUUCUGGCUCCCAGGUGUCUUUUAUACAGGUAACGAGCUGGGAUUAGGAGCACACUCUUAAAGGGAGUGCUCCUAAUCUCAGCUUGUUACCUGUAUAAAAGACACCUGUCCACAGAAGCAAUCAAUCAAUCAGAUUCCAAACUCUCCAUGGUGGUCUCCGAUGGCCAAGACCAAAGAGCUCUCCAAAGAUGUCAGGGACAAGAUUGUAGACCUACACAAGGCUGGAAUGGGCUACAAGACCAUCGGCAAGCAGCUUGGUGAGAAGGUGACAACAGUUGGUGCGAUUAUUCGCAAAUGGAGAAACACAAAAGAACUGUCAAUCUCCCUCGGCCUGGGGCUCCAUGCAAGAUCUCACCUCGUGGAGUUGCAAUGAUCAUGAGAAUGGUGAGGAAAGCCCAGAACUACACAGGAGGAUCUUGUCAAUGAUCUCAAGGCAGCUGGGACCAUAAUCACCAAGAAAACAAUUGGUAACACACUACGCCGUGAAGUACUGAAAUCCUGCAGCGCCCGCAAGGUCCCCCUGCUCAAGAAAGCACAUAUACAUGCCCGUUUGAAGUUUGCCAAUGAACAUCUGAAUGAUUCAGAAGAGAACUGGGUGAAAGUGUUGUGGUCAGAUGAGACCAAAAUGGAGCGCUUUUGUCAUCAACUCAACUCGCCGUGUUUGGAGGAGGAGGAAUGCUGCCUAUGACCCCAAGAACACCAUCCCCACCGUCAAACAUGGAGGUGGAAACAUUAUGCUUUGGGGGUGUUUUUCUGCUAAGGGGACAGGACAACUUCACAGCAUCAAAGGGACGAUGUACCGUCAAAUCUUGGGUGAGAACCAAGGCAUUGAAAAUGGGUCGUGGAUGGGUAUUCCAGCAUGACAAUGACCCAAAACACACGGCCAAGGCAACAAAGGAGUGGCUCAAGAAGAAGCACAUUAAGGUCCUGGAGUGGCCUAGCCAGUCUCCAGACCUUAAUCCCAUAGAAAAUCUGUGGAGGGAGCUGAAGGUUCGAGUUGCCAAACGUCAGCCUCGAAACCUUAAUGACUUGGAGAAGAUCUGCAAAGAGGAGUGGGACAAAAUCCCUCCUGAGAUGUGUGCAAACCUGGUGGCCAACUACAAGAAACGUCUGACCUCUGUGAUUGCCAACAAGGGUUUUGACACCAAGUACUAAGUCAUGUUUUGCAGAGGGGUCAAAUACUUAUUUCCCUCAUUAAAAUGCAAAUACAUUUAUAAUAUUUUUGACGUGCGUUCUUCUGGAUUUUUUGUUGUUAUUCUGUCUCUCACUGUUCAGAUAAACCUACCAUUAAAAUUAUAGACUGAUCAUUUCUUUGUCAGUGGGCAAACGUACAAAAUCAGCAGGGGAUCAAAUACUUUUUUCCCUCACUGUAUGUAAAAAGAAAGUAAGGAUAGAAUGAGAGAGGUCGAUGGAGGAAGUGAGGGAGAGGGGAUGAUGGAACUCUAGAUAUGGCGAAAGAGUUGGAGAGGGAGAUGAGAAAUGGAGAGGCUAAGGGGCUAGCUAAUAGGACCUCAGAGGCAGUGAGAGAUAGAAAAAGCAGGUAAGAGUGUGAAAAAGCCUGGUAGAGGGGUGAGAGGUGGAGAGAUGAGGUUAGAGGAGUGGACAGGAGUGAUACAUGAGGGAAGAGGGGGAAGAGGUGUUAGAGAGAGAUAAUGGAAGAUGAUAGAAGGGAAGUAGAUGAGAUGAGGUUAGAGAGUAAAACAUUAGUUCAUGUGAGAGGGUAUGAGAUUAGGGGGAGUGGAGGUGGCAGUGUGUAAGUGCGUGCAUGUGUUUGUGUGUGCGCAUGAGUGUGACCGUGCGGACAUACAGAUGUAGGAUCUUCAUUUGAUCACCCUAUUGCAUGAGAACUUUCCUGCACAGCAGGAAAUGCAAACUUGUAGUGUAUUCAAGGUUUAAAAAGGCUUCCAAAGUUUGUAAUUUCCACUUUAAAAUGAUUUGUCCUAAAAAAAAAAUAUCAAACCCUCCCCCCAAAAAAGUUUAUUCAUUAUAAUCCACAUAAUAAUUCACAUUUCCUGUUUCUGUAGGAUUAUUUUCCUGCUGUAGCAAACUGGCUCAAAUUAAGAUCCUUAAUCUGUACCUGUGUGUGUGUGUGUGUGACUGUGGGAAUACGUGCGUGUGUGUGUUCAUGUCUCUCAUGCUCCUGUGUGUGUGUGUGUGUGUGUGUGUGUGUGUGUGUGUGUGUGUUGUCUUCUUAGAGCCCGACUUUGUGGGCUCGGCCUUGGUGAGGGAGAGCAGUGGCAGUAAGGAGGGGGACGAUGACAAGAUCUACUUCUUCUUCAGUGAGAGAGCUGUAGAGCUGGACUGUGACACAGAGCUCAUUGUGGCCAGGGUGGCCCGUGUCUGCAAGGUAGGCUACACGCAUAUAUGGUUAAUUUUCAGGACAUUUUUGGGAGUAAAAAUAAUCCUAUUUUCCUUAGCCCUUAACCUAACUCCUAACCCUAACCUUAACCCUAAGCCUUACCUUAACCUCAAACCCUAAACCUAACUCUUAAGCCUAAAAUAGCAUUUUAACAAAUUCAGGACAUGAAAGAAAAAAAGUCCUGUUUUCCUACUUUGUCAGGACAUUGUGGUGUAUUGUUAGGACAUUGUUGUGUAUUGUUAGGACAUUGUGGUGUAUUGUUAGGACAUUGUUGUGUAUUGUUAGGACGUUGUGGUGUAUUGUUAGGACAUUGUGGGUACUGGUAAGUAACUGCUAACUGGCUAUUUACACUGAGACACACACACUUCCGUUUUACUCUUUCUGACCAUGUGUCUCUCCUCUCAGGGUGAUCUGGGGGGCACCAGGACCCUGCAGAAGAAGUGGACCACCUUUCAGAAGGCCAGGCUGGUGUGUUCUCUCCCUGAGCGCCACGUCACCUUCAACAACCUGCGGGAAGUCUUCACCCUGCCAGGCACCGACUGGCGCACCACCACCUUCUAUGGCAUCUUCCACGCCCAAUGGUGAGUCACAAUAACACUAACGCCAGGGGGUUUGAUGUGCCAAAGAGAAUAGCGUUUGUCUGCUUCCCCAAAUGGCAUCUAUUCCCUAAAUAGUGCAUUACUUUUAAACAGAACCCUGUGGGCCCUGGUCAAAAGUAGUGCACUAUAUAGGGAAUAUGGUGCCAUUUGGGACACAGACACAAUAGCACUGCCAGGGAGUUAGAUGUGCCAAAGAGAAUAGGCACUCUCUGUCCAAUUUAGCACUUUUGCUAACACUGGCCUGGCGUGACUUCUAAGUCUAUAAACUAUUACAAUUAUUUUGAAGAUAUUAUUUUAUACCCGAAAUUACAGUUUUACUAGCCUUGAGUCAGCUAAUGUGUCUUCUCUGUGUAUAUAUGGACUUCAGUGGAGGCUGCUGAGGGGAGGACAGCUCAUAAUAAUGUCUGGAACGGCGCUAAUGGAAUGGCAUCAAAUACAUAGAAACCAUGUGUUUGAUACCAUUCCACUAAUUCUGCUCCUGCCAUUAUCACGAGCACGUCCUACCCAAUUAAGGUGCCACCAACCUCCUGUGAUGGACUUUUCCAAUUCUGUUAUAGAAAAUUAAGUUAUUCUCUCCUAAUAAAACACAACCAUCAUCCUAUUUCUUCAUAUCCUAUGUCAUACAAACAGACAAUGUAAAAUGACUACAGAAACAACACACCUAGCUAAUAACAACCUCUCCCUCAAUGUGAGCAAGACAAAGGAGAUGAUCGUGGACUACAGGAAAAGGAGGGCCGAACAGGCCCCAUUAACAUCGACGGGGCUGUAGCGGAGUGGGUCGAGAGUUUCAAGUUCCUUGGUGUCCACAUCACCAACAAACUAUCAUGGUCCAAACACACCAAUACAGUCAUGAAGAGGGCACGACAACACCUUUUCCCCCUCAGGAGACUGAAAAGAUUUGGCAUGGGUCCCCAGAUCCUCAAUGUUCUACAGCUGCACCAUCGAGAGCAUCCUGACCGAUUGCAUCACCGCCUGGUAUGGUAACUGCUCGGCAUCCGACCGUAAGGUGCUACAGAGGGUAGUGCGUACGGCCCAGUACAUCACUGGGGCCAAGCUUCCUGCCAUCCAGGACCUAUAUACUAGGAGGUGUCAGAGGAAGGCCCAAAAAAUGGUCAAAGACUCCAGUCACCCAAGUCAUAGACUGUUCUCUCUGCUACCGCACGGCAAGCGUUACCGAAGCGCCAAGUCUAGGUCCAAAAGGCUCCUUAACAGCUUCUACCCCCAAGCCAUAAGAUUGAUGAACAAUUAAUCAAAUGGCUACCCGGACUAUUUACAUUGACACUGCUGCUACUGGCUGUUUAUUACCUAUGCAUAGUCACUUUACCCCUACCUACAUGUACAAAUUACCUCUACUAACCUGUGCCCCCGCACAUUGACUCGGUACGCCCUGUAUAUAGCCUCGUUAUUGUUAUUUUAUUGUGUUACUUUUGAUUUUAUUUGUUGCUUUAGUUUAUUUAGUAAAUAUUUUCUAAACUCUAUUUCUUGAACUGCAUUGUUGGUUAAGGGCUUACAAGUAAGCAUUUCACGGUAAGGUCUACACCUGUUGUAUUCGGCGCAUGUGACAAAUAACAUUUGAUUUGAUUUGAUCAUCUUAAACCCAUCUUUUUGUUGCUCUCUCCUGUCCCAGGGGGGAUGUGGAUGUGUCAGCGGUGUGUCAGUACCAGAUAGGGGAGGUGAAGAAGGUGUUUGACGGCCCGUAUAAGGAGUACAGAGAGGGCUCACAGAGAUGGGGACGAUACACUGGCACUGUCCCCAGCCCACGGCCUGGAGCGGUGAGUGAUGGAUGGAUGGAGGGAGAGUGGGGGAGGGAGGGUGGAGUGAGAGUGGGGAGGGAGGGUGGAGGAGAGUGGGGGAGGGAGGGUGGAGGGAGAGAGGGGGAGAGAGGGUGGGAGGGGGAGGGAAGAGUGGGGGAGGGAGGGUGGAGGGAGAGUGGGGGAGUGAGGGGGUGGUUGGAGAGUGGGGGAGGGAGGGUGGAGGGAGAGAGGGGGAGGGAGGGUGGAGGAGGAGGAAGAGUGGGGGAGGGUGGAGGGGAGAGAGGGGGAGGGAGGGUGGAGGGAGGGAGGAUGGGGGGGGAGGGUGGAGGAGUGAGAGUGGGGGAGGGAGGGUGGAGGGAGUGAGUGGGGGAGGGAGGGUGGAGGGGAGAGAGGGGGAGGGAGGGUGGAGGGAGAGUGGGGGGAGGGCGAGGGGGAGGGAGCGUGGGGAGGGAGGGUGGAGGGAGAGUGGGGGAGGGAGGAGGGAGGGAGGGAGAGAGAGGGGGAGGGAGGGUGGGAGGGAGGGUGGAGGGAGAGAGGGGGGAGGGCGGGUGGAGGGAGAGAGGGGGAGGGAAGGGGGAGGGAGGGAGGGUGGAGGGAGAGAGGGGAAGGGAGGGUGGAGGGAGAGAGUUGGACAGGGAGAAGGGAGUCUGGAGAGCGAUCAGAGCCAACAAGCGAUGCCAGCCUGUCCCACAACUAACAACGUUCCUUGUUUCUUCCUCUCUCUCCCUCACCUCUCUCUGUUCCCUCUCUCUCUCCUUUCUGUCUCGUCUCUCCUUUCUUCUUCACGGUGCAGUGCAUUACAAGCUGGCACAGGGAGAAACGGCUACAACAGCUCUCUUCAGCUGCCAGACGCCACCCUCAACUUUGCCAAGAAGCACCCUCUGAUGGAGGAGAAGGCCCAGGCUCGCCCCCUACUGCUCACCAAGGGCAUCAACUUCACCCGCCUGGCAGUGGACCGGGUCAGCUCCCUGGACCAGCGUGCAUACAACAUGCUUUUCAUCGGCACAGGUAACUAACUAUAUGCAACUAUAUAACUAUACAACUAUACUGUUCAUAGGCACAGAUACAGUGCCUUCAGAAAGUAUUCAUACCCCUUGACCUUUUCAAAAUGUUGUUGUGUUACAGCCUGAAUUUAAAAUGGCUUACAUUUUUAUUUUAAGUCACUGGCCUACACACAAUACCCCAUAAUGUCAAAGUGGUAUUAUGUUUUUAGAAAAUUGUAAAAAUUAAUAAAAAAUGAAAAGCUGAAAUGUCUAAAUAAAGUAUUCAACCACAUUUUUUAUGGAAAGCCUAAAUAGGUUUGCGAGUAGAAAUGUGCGUAAUUGCUUAACAAGUCACAUAAUAAGUUGCAUGGACUCUGUGUGUAAUAAUAGUGUUUAACAUGAUUUAUGAAUUAAUACCUCAUCUCUGUACCCCACACAUACAAUUAUCUGUAAGAUCCCUCAGUCGAGCAGUGAAUUUCUAACACAGAUUCAACCACAAAGAACAGGGAGGUUUUCCAAUGCCUCGCAAAGAAGGGCACAUCUUGAUAAAUGGGUACAACAACAAAAAACAAAAAAACAUUGAAUAUCCCUUUGAGCAUGGUGAAGUUAUUAAUUACACUUUAGAUGGUGUAUCAAUACACCCAGUCACUACAAAGAUACAGGCAUCCUCCCUAACUCAGUUGCCGGAGAGGAAGGAAACCGCUCAGGGAUUUCACCAUGAGGCCAAUGGUUACUUUCAAACAGUUACAGAGUUUAAUGGCUGUGAUGGGAGAAAACUGAGGAUGGAUCAACAAUACUAACUUAAUUGACAGAGUGAAAAGAAGGAAGCCUGUACAGAAUAAAAAAUAUUGCAAAACAUGCAUUGUUUUUGCAACAAGACACUAAAGUAAUACUGCAAAAAAUGUGGCAAAGCAAUUAAUACAAAGUGUUAUGUUUGGGGCAAAUCCAAUACAACACAUUACUGAGUACCACUCUCCAUAUUUUCAAGCAUAGUGGUGGAUGCAUCAUGUUAUGGGUAUGCUUGUAAUUGUUAAGCACUUGGGAGUUUUUCAGGAUAAAAAGAAACGGAAUGGAGCUAAGCACAGGCAAAAUCUUAGAGGAAAACCUGGUUCAGUCUGCUUUCCACCAGACACUGGGAGAUUAAUUCACCUUUCAACAGGACAAUAACCUAAAACACAAGGCCAAAUAUACACUGGAGUUGUUUACCAAGACAACAUUGAAUGUUCCUGAGGGGCUUAGUUACAGUUUUGACUUAAAUCGGCUUGAAAAUCUAUGGUAAGACCUGAAAAUGGCUGCCUAGCAAUGAUCAGCAACCAACUUGACAAAGCUUAAAUAUUUUUUUAAAGAAUAAUGUGCAAAUAUUGUACAAUCCAGGUGUGCAAAGCUCUUAGAGACUUACCCAGAAAGACUCACAGCUGUAAUCGCUGCCAAAGGUGAUUCUAACAUAUAUUGACUCAGGGGUGUGAAUACUUAUAUAUACUUAUACUUGAUAUUUCUGUAUUUCAUUUUCAAUAAAAUUGCAAACAUUUCUAAAAACAUGUUUUAAUUUUGUCAUUAUGUGGUAUUGUGUGUAGAUGGGUGAGAAAAAACAUAUAUUUAAUCCAUUUGGAAUUCAGGCUGUAACACAACAAAAUGUGAAAUAAGUCAAGGGAUAUGAAUACUUUCUGAAGGCACUAUAACUAUGUACAACUAUAUACUGUUCAUAGGAACAGGUAACCACUGACAGGGAAUACAACAUGCUCUGUAGGUACCUACCGAUGAUGAAUAUACAGUAGGUAUGUUUAUGGUACAUUCUGACAGGGCCCAGAUGAACCUUUAUGCUCACUAAUAUGCUAGAGAAAUUGCCCUGAACCACAAUUUACUUUACCCCUAAUCCCAAGAAAACCCUCAAGAAGACCCACAAUUUACAAGAGAUCAGUGUUCAGGCAGUUUCAAGACAACUUCAUCCUACUCCAACUACAGUACUUCCCGUUAAGCAGCCUACUAGCUAUUUAUAAUUCCACUCACUGCAAUGCAGUGUAGAGUGUUUCCCUUACUGUGCCUGUGGUGUGUUGGAGGCCCAUAACUGUCAGAGUGACGAUGGACUCAGUAGCCUGGUAGGCCCCCUGCUGAUGUGCUUCACAGCACAAACUCAACGGGGCCCUUGGCAGACGUACACACUGCCAGUUAGGCUGCCGGCUUGAUUAGCUAUUAACUGCAGCAGGACGAUAGCUUAUGCGGAGAGAACGAGUCUGGCGAGGGCGUUUAGAAACGGAGGAUGGGAUUGGGGGAUUAGCUGAAAUGCCCUGACACAACGAGACAGGAGCAUGAUGUGUGUGUGUGUGUGUGUGUGUGUGUGUGUGUUGUUGCUCUGCUCUGUGCCAGGCUCCCGUAGGUUGCAGGGUCAGUCCCUCACAUUAUCCGUAACAGUCCCACUGUGGUGAGGGCGGGAGGCAGGGCAGGCGCAGCACACACAGCACAUCUCUGCUCAUAAAAGCCUCAUACACCCAGACAGACACACAAUGUCACACCGCCGGAAGCAGCAGCUCAAUCGCCUUUCAAAGCAGGGGAUGUAACCUUGAUCACAAUACUACCCAUAUAGAAAACUACAGUACAAUAUUCUGACAUUAUAUAUCUCUCUCCUCUCAUCUUACCUAAUCCUUCCUCCUACCUUUCCUCUUUAUCCCCUCUUCUCUUUUCUCUCCUCUCUUUCCAUCUGUUUUCUCCUAUCGUCCUACCCUCUUUUCUCUCCUCUACCUUUCCUCUCUUCUCCUACUCUCUUUCAUUGCACUCUUUUAUCUCCUUUUCCCCUCCCCCUCUCCUCUCCUCCUCUAGCGGAUGGCUGGUUACAGAGGGUAGUGAUCCUAGGCUCGGAGGCCCAUGUGAUUGAAGAGAUACAGCUGUUUGAUUCUCCCCAGCCAGUGGACAGCCUGACCAUCUCUCACACCAAGGUAACACUCAACACUAGGCUAGGGUUUCAAUAAAUUCCCUGGUUUUCCAGAAAUCCUGGUUGGAGGAUUUCGGAUUUCCUGCUUAUUCCCUCCUGACUCCAACCAUAAUUUUGGUGAAACCAGGGAAUUUAUUGAAGGUUCCAGGAAUUUUGCAACCCUACACUAGGCAUAGGAGUUUCCCCCAGCCCUACAUAUAGUAGACUGUCACCAGGCCCAGGAGGUAUCCCUGGUUCUACCCCAUCAUGGACUGUCUCUAGGGUCUGGAGUUUUCUCCAGCUUUACAGAUUGACAGACCAACAUUGUGUACUUGUGCAUCAAGCUGCCUCACACUACAGAAACAGGAGAUAGGGUCCUUCCCUAUGGGCCGUUCUGGCUUGGACAAGGCUUACUUACACAUAGACAAUCACUGGAGACAGGAGUCUUCUCUGACCAUGUGACUCCUGGCUCUACUCAUCACCAUUAUCCCCUCAGAUGACCAUGUGACUCCUGGCCCUACUCAUCACCAUUAUCCCCUCAGAUGACCAUGUGACUCCUGGCCUACUCAUCACCAUUAUCCCCUCAGAUGACCAUGUGACUCCUGGCCCUACUCAUCACCAUUAUCCCCUCAGAUGACCAUGUGACUCCUGGCCCUACUCAUCACCUCUGUUUUACGACAUUACACUCACAUGUUGACUGGCAUUACACUCAUGCAGAUCCUUAUCUAAUUAAACCAGGCUUUUCAUGGCCAGCGAUUUCAUAACAAGCUUUUCUCUCUAGCAGAACAAAAUGUUAUUGUAAUUUAAAGUGAUUAUCCUAUUAUCUCCGCUGCCCUCUCUGUUAUUUUUCUAUUUCCCCCCCUCUCUCUCCCUCUUUCUCUGUCUAUGUCUGCAGAAGUACUUAUACAUUGGCUCGCGUUCAAAGGUGCUCCAGCUGCCCUUGGCUAACUGCAGCCGCUAUCAGUCACAGCCAGACUGCCUUCUGUCCCGGGACCCCUACUGCGCCUGGGACAGCGAGGGCCGUGCCUGUGUCCGAAUCGACCUCCACCGCGGGUGAGCAUGUCUGCCUCUCCCCUCUGCCCCUGCUCAGGGGUUCUGCCUCCCCCUUCGCUCCCUCCCUCCCUCCUCCCCCUCUCCCCUCUGCCCCUGCUCAGUGGGCUGGGUCUUCCUGUGCCAGCAGCAGCUCAGUGGAGGCCUUUUAGACAGUAUAGCAGAAAGACAUGUUAUUAAUACCUGUUCUCUGUGCUCUCUGUUCCCACAGGUCUACCUCCUCCCUAUCCCAAGAUCUGAUGCUGGAGAGAUUCAGCAGGGGCAAAGCCAAGUUUGACAAGCCUGUGGCCAUCCCCAGCCCUGGUGAGUGGGAAAGAGAAACUGGACUGGUGACCCCUUGUGGCAAUAGGUGGUCACUACAGCUGUAGUAAUUUUGAUAGAGUUGUUGAAUGAAGUUAAACUUAGAAUUGAGCAUUUUUUUUGUUGAGUUGAACAAAGAGUUGAUAAAUGAAAUCUAAUAGAGUAGAAGUGAAUUGAACUGAAUUGAGAUGAGAUGAGUUGAACUUAGAGUUCAGGAAUUAAACAUUGGCUAACACAUAACCUCUCUCUCUCUCUCUCUCUCUCUCUCUCUCUCUCUCCCAGACCACUCUCGGCUGAGGAAUGUGACAGUAGUGGUAGAAUCAGACAUGGUGCUUCCCUGCCAGCUGGUGUCUAACCUGGCCCAGCCCUCCUGGGUCCUCAACGACCGCGAGCUGCAGCUAGGAGACGAGGAGGCCGGGGGGCCACGCUUCGACCAGGCCCUGAAGGCUCUGGUGGUCCCUAACGCCAUGCCAGUGCACGCGGGACGCUACGUGUGCUACUCCGAGGAGCAGGGGGUAAAGUUUCAGAUGCAGCGCUACCAGGUGUCGGUGGUGGCAAGCUCUCCUGUGGUCAUGGCGGCCCGGGCCCCUGACGGCAGCAUGGGUCUGUUCUGGGUGUUAGUGAUCACCCUGGGGGCCGCCUGUUUAUUACUAUUGGUGGCAGCUCUGUAUCUGAGGAGACGUCUGAAGCUGGCCCUAGGUAAAGGGGCAGACAUGAAGCCUCUGGAGAGCACCCUGGUCUACCCCAUCACCCUGCCCAAGGAGCCACCCACUUUCGUGCCCAGCAAAAUGCCCAGCGACGAGGACCGCUUCUGGGAGACGGGCGCCAACUACUACUACUCAGACGGCUCGCUGAAGAUUGUUCCGGGCCACGCCCUGGGCCCCAGCAGCCAGUCUCACCACCACACCCCCACGGCGUCUUCCAGCACCAUCCCCGGCCAGCCCAUCCACUCACCCAGCCGGCUCAGCCUUACCAACAUCAGGGGUUCCGGCAGCAAUGGCUACAUCCGCCUCAACCUGAGCUCGGCCGUGGAGGAGAGGGUUAGCGGGGGUGGUUCUGGGGGAGGAGGGCUGGGGCUUAGCGGGGGCGGGAACGACUACUCCAGCCCUUUCAAGGAGGAGCUGCGUCGGACCCUGCAGCAGAGGAGCGUGCUGCCUGAUGCCAACCCUGAAGAGUCGUCUGUGUAG